UUAAACUCCAUACCUUAUUUUUGUUCAGUUUAUGAAUAUGAUCUUAUGGAUUACUUUAGGAAUACAUUGUGAGGACCAUGGUCUAAUCCUGUUCUCCUCAUCUGGCUCUUGCUGUCAAAGCAUAGUGACAUAACAUUCCAUUAUUUCACUGAUGUUUAUUACUGAAAUUGGCUCUUGUAGAUGAGGGAGGGCACAUGAGAUCCAGGGCUGCAUGUGGGUAAUCAAUCACCCAAGAAUCCCACACACGACCUGGCAGCAGUGCUGGUGCUGUGUGUCAGUGUCAGACAAAGCUGAGCAGGUCGUGGCAGAGGCAGGACAGGGAUCUGGAGGUGGUCAGCAGGGCCAUGGGUGGGCACUGUCCUCACAGACCUCUGAAGUGAUUCCUGGAAUGAGCGCUGCUGAGGCUGUCUGCAUGUGGCUGUGGGUGUGUGUUUGCCUGACACAGGUCUGAGGUGUUGAGCUGUUGUGGGUUCUGUGUCAGAUUGGCGCAGUGAUUGCACUAUCUCUGUUCUGGUAUUCAAGACACAGACUUCCAAGGAUCUUCACAGCGUGUGGAGAGGAUUUUAUAAUGAGCCCCAUGAGGCUUUGCUGAUCAGAAGAUCUGUACUGUUUUACAGAAUUGCUUUCUGGUGUUGAUGGGCUCUGUCUUUCUUGCGUGAUGCCUUUUGGAAAAUACAUAUUUUUGUAUAGUAGAUCUUGUUGCUCUUUGGGGAAUAUUUUAUCUGUGGUUUUGAAUUAUGGACUGGAAAUCGGCAAAUGUUCUUGAAGACUGAAGGAUUGGCACAACAAGAGACUCUUGGGGUCCUCUGAACAACAGAACCUGACAUACAAAUGAUGUUAUAAUUGGGUGAGAUGAUGUUACAGUGCUUAUGCCUGAAAGGUUAUUUGCUGUCAGAGCCCAGCUUGGCUUGCCCUGACAAUGACAUUUUAGAUGUCAGGGGUUUUGUGGUUUGUACUGACUCUUUUGCUUAGAGCAGGAACAAACUGAUAACCACAGAUUCGUUGGGCUGUGUUGCUGCUUCUCAUCAGGUGCUGCAGAGUAAUCUCUGCUUUUUCCAGAAGUGCCUCUGUUCAGAGAUGCACUGCUGCAGUAAUUUUGGAGACUCUGGGAAAGUCUGGACAAGCAGAAGUGAUUUCCAUAGUGAGGAUAAGUAAGAUUUUUCUGUAGAACUAGUUUUACUUUUUUGUUAAUACUCUGAAAUAUGCUUGCCUUGGCAGAAUGCCUGGGAAAUUUCCCAAAGCAUGAUUUAGAGUGGAAUGAUUGAUGCCAGUAUGAAUCCUUUUGGUCAAGGAGUAUGUGAAGUGCAUCUUCCCCAAAAUAUAUGUUUUGGGAUGUUGUCCACUAGAGCCCUGUUUGAUUGCAGGAAGGGUUCAGAGCAGAACUGACUCAAGAUGUAUCUUAGUUUUCUUAUGACUUCUUGAAAUGCUUUAAUCACUUUCAGUCGUAGUGUCUGGAAAAUGUCUGUGUUCUCCAAGACUUAGCCAAGAGCUUACGAACAUCUGGGAUCAUUUUGGUCAGGUCUAUUUGGCUUUGCAAAGGGCUCUGAAAUGCAUGUGUAUGUUGGGGUGCUUUCCUGGGGACCUCACAGACAAGCUCUGCUUAAAGUUUUGAGUUUUAGGGAGUCUGUUUUGCAGGGGAAGCCUGACCAUGGAGGAGGAAGUGACAGGUUGAAAACACAAGCCAGAAACAAGCUUGCUGGGUCAAGCCAGAACCCAUCUCUGGGGCUGGGGCAUAGCCACAGCCUGGUAACCUCUGUGUUAUCCAAAGCUCUUGCCAUCAUGUUGCAUUUCCUGAUUUGCCAUGGUCUGGGAACUGGAACUUGAAAAAAAAACCAGAACAUGCAUGUUCAACCCUUAACAGAUAUGUGGGUUGGAGACAGAGAAUGGUUUUGGUGAUUUGAAAGGGCAAGAUGAGCUGAUAGGGAAGAAUUUCUUUGAUGGGCUGUUAAGACAGACUUUAGUGGGAAACACAUGCCAAUCUCAUUAGGACAGGCUUUGUCAGGCCCUUCCUGGCAGGGCUUGUGUGAGAUGGCUUCAAAAUGAGCAAUGCUUUGUGCAGUCAUUUUGUUGAUGGGAACCUAAGCUAAAAUCCCUUAUCCUGCCUGACUUGUCACAAGUAUUUUUCAGUGGAACUCUGAUUUCAUCAUAAUGCAAUCUCGGAUAUUUCUAAAAAUGCCCAAAUCAGCUUUUCACCUUAAAGUUGUUUAUAUAGAUUCUGCUAGAAAUGUUGGUUCUUGAAAGCUGUUAACCUCACGAGGGCUGAUGGUUAGAGACCCACAUCUCUGAAAAUAUCCAUGGGUUCUCAUGUCAGUGGGGUAGAACUUGUGUUGUGGUACUUAGGGACAUGAUGAUCUCUGGAAAAGAGUUAUUGGUGAGUAUGAACUCGAGGAGCCUGCUGAACUGCCAGCAGCUGGCUGCGUCAGGAAGCAGUAGCUGUUGGCUGGCUGUGAGCUCUGUGGCUCACCCUGUACCCCCAAGAUAGUGCCAAAGGCAUGAGGAUGUUAUGAAGGGUGAGAAUGCUUUGCUCAAGCAUUUUGUUUUCUGGGGGCUGAGGCAGAAAUCCAAAUGGUCAGAGCGCACUGUGAGUCUUGGCAGGAUCACACUGACAUGGUCGCUGCUCCUUUCCCUGCUGAAAAGGCUGCGGAAUCUUUGUUGUGCAUGCAGCUAUUGCUGUGUGAAUGUGGCCAAAAAUAGCAAGGAAACAGCAUUCGUAUCUAGUUCCUUGAGAGGGUGUUGUACUAGUUUGUGUAGAAAAGUGAUUCCGGUGUUCUCUGGAGGUUUUCUUGCAGAGAUGUGUGCAGUGAGACUGGGACCCCUCUGUUUUCCUGCUCCAUGGCUGGAGGGGAGCUGCAACAGACACAGCAGUCUCCUUGAUCCGUCUUGCUGCGCAUGUUCCUGGCCCAGCUGAAUCAUCAGAACUUGUGCCUGGGCACAAUUGCUCUCUGUCAGCUGCAUCCUGGGAUCAGAGCGGCGUGGCUGGUGCCCGGGAUAUUUUGCUAAAGUCUACAAAACCUACUUGGUUUUGUACUUUUCUGGGAGUCCAAGUGUAAACAUAACAAAACUUACAGACUGAUGGAUUGAUUUUUUUUCUGGUUAGUCCAUGGUAUCUAAAAUCUGUUGCUGCAAAGAGGAGGAGGCUUGCUAUUGGUUUUCUGAGCAUUUUCCUGCAUCUGGGAGCACUGACAGUGUAGCAAUGAAAGCUACCUGUUGGAUGUUUGGCUCCAGACAGAAGGCUGCAUGCAUGUGUGAUCCUAAGUGACUUAUUUUCCCACUGCUGCUUUUCUGCCCCCAUUGCUUUUCUGGGGAGCUGAUUGUCCCUUCCAAAGGGGGGGUGGAACUUGCUGGUGUCCCAGUGACCCUGAGACUUUGAGGAAAUCUAAGCUGGGUGCUGGUGUGUGCAGCACUGCCAAACUUGGCCUUACUGACUGCCAGCAGUGCUCCCGUUCACAGCCACAGCUUGUUCCACUUGCCACUUUCCUGGAGUUCCAUUUCAGUGCUGUUUUGAGUCCCUAACACCCUGUGCCCACUGUUUGCCUUGGGAAGUGGUGUUGCUGUUUCUGUGAGCUCCUCCCUCAUCAGCCCUGUUCUAUAAUUACUGAUGUUCCUGAAACUGGAUCCUUCCAUGUGUCCUGCUCAGGUUCGGGAGGACAAGGGGUCCCUAAGCAAACUGACUGCCUUGGAGUACAGCCAAGAGGACUUCAGCAGUUUGGGAAAGCGUCAUCUUACAGUGUUUCAGUGAAUUCUGAGCCUCCAACCUCCUCACCUUUGGGAUGCUAAAGGAAAGGAGAAUAUAUCCCAGACAGCUUCUCUGGCAUGCAAAUGCCAGGUUUGCAGCGUGAUCCCAAAGCAUUGGCACAGUUUCACAGCUACCUCUGCUGUGCCCUGAGCUGUGGGGGGAUGAUACUCUCUUCUUGCCAGACGUAAUGAUCUUCUCAAAUAACAGCACUUCUGUGCCAUUUCCAGCACUGAGAAGCCUCAGUGGUGUCACCUUUCCAGUACCUGCUUGUUUCCCAGCUGCUGUCCUUGUUCCGAUGGGUCAGACCCACGUGCCCCUCCUGGCCAUGGGUACUUUGGGCUGUCCUGAAUUGACUGCUAGACACAAAUACCAGUCAGCAGCUGGCAGAAUGAGAUGCGCCAGUUUACUUCUUGAAAAUCGUCCUGGAAAUGCCUUGUACAGGAAUGUACAAGAGGAGAAGAUAGUCAUAAGCAGUGCAGGGAGCUGACUUGGGGCUGAGCAGACCAGACCUGUGAGUGUGACUGCAAACAGGUGUCAAAAGCCGUGAUACAGGAAUAAACAAUGACACUUUGCACUGAUCUAUUUCUCUGCACUUUCAAAACAUGCUGUGUCCAUGAGCUAAUGCAGCCAGGGAAAGAUCAGGAAGGAUGCACUGUAAAAAUCCUGUGUUUGUUUGUUUGUGGUGGAUUUUGGUUUUGGUUGGGGGUAUUUUGUGAUCAAGGAAAUGGAAGUAGAGGACUGAACCAGACUUGCUGAAGGUCAUGGAGUAGCACUUCAAGUAAGAGCUAACAACUGCAUAGCUCUUCCCUGCCUGCCCUGCUGCUGCUGCUCUUCUGCCAGCAUCAGCCACAGAGCCUGAUUAGGGCAGGGAGUCCCUCUGCUGGGAAGCUGUUGAGGAAUGAUUCCUCUGUCUUCCUGUGUCUGCCAUCUCAAGAUUUUGGAGCACAUCUCAUGCAUUCAGCAGCUGCUGGAGCAAAGGACAUCUGCAGCUCCUGGAGAACGAGCAGCCUAGCAGACCCUGCUUUGUGCAUGGCUGAGAGUUCAGUACCCAAAGUCUGGUUUUUUUUGGUGUCUGUAACACCUCUUGCACUCUGAACAAAACCAGCAGCAAGUUCCUUUUGGAGCAAAUGUCAUGACCUAGUUUUGGGGACAGCAUCAAUCAUGGUACAAAAAGAGAAGAAUCCGGCAAGUUUUGUAACCUUUUCAAUGAGCUGGGCUUUUUUUCCCCCCCUCAAUGAUCAGGAAGUGGGUGAGUUAAAACAUGCAAUAGAUGUGUGAUUCAUUUUGGCAAUCCAGGCUGCUCAGGGCAGCUAAGGGAAUCUCCUGCACCCUGUGUCACAAGUCCCUGAGUAAUUAGCAGCAGCUAAUGAUCAUGGAAGCUCUGGCAGCACCCCUCUGCUUAAUGACCCCAGGUCACUCUUGGGGGAAACACAGGUGAUCCACACCAAGCAGCCUUGGAAAGAGAUUAUCACAGGAUUGAACUGUGGGGCAUGGUUCGGCAUCUAAGCAGAUGCUGUUAAAGGGAAAAAUCUGGCCCCGAAUAUCCAUCCUGGUCAGUGCUGUGUGGGAGGGCUCUUCCUUGCUAGCUGUAGUAGUUUAUUUUUGUGUGUAGCCUGCCUUGCGGCCAAGACUUUGAGUAAGGGAGGAAACACUCAGCUAGUUAAGUGCUGCUGGGAUCUCAUUGGCUAAUUUGAGGGUAUGCUGAUCUUCCAGGAGCAAACAUAAACAUGUUUUCAGUGUUCAUGUCUCCUGUUUUGUACUCUCAGUUACCUUUCCUGUAUUGCAGCAUCUGCUUAGCUCUUAUUUGGCUUUUAUUAGUAGUAGCUGGCGUGUAGGAGGAGGAACAGAAACUGGUACUUGAUCAGCAGAUCUUGGAAGCAGUGACACAACCUGAGGAAGUCUGGAAAAGGUGGUCAGCCAGCAGCAAUCACAUCUCCUUUAUGGAUUCAGGCUAGCAGGAACAGCCUGGUGGGGUCCAUCUUGGAUAGACGCGGAUGAUGCCAGAGCUAUGACAGGGAUUGCAGUCUUGGCACUGAGGGGUGAUCAAUUAUGGAACAACUACAGGAGGAAGUACCUGAGGUCAAGGAAGAGGAAGAGGAAGAGGCAGUGAUGGUGGCAAGUGGAGCCUCAGACCCAACUGGAGGACCAGACAGCUCGCUGCCUUCAAGCAGCUACACAGACCUGUCACAGAGCUCCUCUCCCUCACUGUCGGACCAGCUGCAGAUGGGCUGCGAGGAGGCAGCGCUGGGAGCGCUGAACGUGGAGUGCAGGGUCUGUGGAGACAAAGCUUCAGGCUUCCACUAUGGCGUGCAUGCCUGCGAGGGCUGCAAGGGUUUCUUCCGCCGGACGAUCCGCAUGAAGCUGGAGUAUGAGAAGUGUGAGAGGAGCUGCAAGAUUCAGAAAAAGAAUCGAAACAAGUGUCAGUACUGCCGCUUCCAGAAAUGCCUCUCGUUGGGCAUGUCACACAAUGCAAUCCGCUUUGGGCGCAUGCCAGAGGCAGAGAAGAGGAAGCUGGUGGCAGGGCUGACAGCAAGCGAGAUCGGCUGCCAGAACCCACAGGUGGCUGACCUGAAAGCUUUCUCCAAGCACAUCUACAACGCCUACCUGAAGAAUUUCAACAUGACCAAAAAGAAGGCAAGAGGUAUCCUGACUGGGAAGGCCAGCAGCACCCCACAGCCUUUUGUGAUCCAUGACAUGGACACCUUGUGGCAGGCAGAGAAGGGGCUGGUGUGGAAGCAGCUGGUGAAUGGCAUCCCCCCCUACAAGGAGAUCGGGGUGCACGUCUUCUACCGCUGCCAGUGCACCACGGUGGAGACUGUGCGGGAGCUCACCGAGUUCGCCAAGAGCAUCCCCAGCUUCAUAGGCCUCUACCUGAAUGACCAAGUGACUCUGCUCAAGUACGGGGUGCACGAAGCCAUCUUCGCCAUGCUGGCCUCCAUCAUGAACAAGGAUGGGCUGCUGGUGGCCAACGGGAAUGGCUUUGUGACCCGUGAGUUCCUACGCAGCCUGCGCAAGCCCUUCAAUGAGAUCAUGGAGCCCAAAUUUGAGUUUGCUGUGAAGUUCAACGCGCUGGAGCUGGAUGACAGCGACCUGUCCCUGUUUGUGGCUGCCAUCAUCCUGUGCGGAGACCGCCCUGGCCUGAUGAACGUGAAGCAGGUGGAGGAGAUCCAAGACAACAUCCUGCGAGCGCUGGAGUUCCACCUGCAGUCCAACCACCCGGAUGCCCAGUACCUCUUCCCCAAGCUGCUGCAGAAGAUGGCUGACCUGCGACAGCUGGUGACAGAGCACGCCCAGCUGGUGCAGAAGAUCAAGAAGACAGAGACAGAGACAUCUCUGCACCCACUUCUGCAGGAGAUCUACAAGGACAUGUACUAAGGACCUGUUAUUUAUGAGAAUGAAGCCAUUGAUUCCCAUCAAGACUCUUUGUACAGAAACAAAGAAAACCCUUCCCAGUGUCUUCCAUUUCUCCUACUGGAAACUCUUUUCUGUGUGACCCUGACAUACGGUACAUAGGGCAAGAUGCUGUCAGGAUUUGCUUGGCCAGGGCUUCCGUUAACACACACUAAUAAAUCUGCAAAGCUGCUGUUCCCGUUCCUGUUCCCUCAGCGGAGCAGCUGCCCGGUUUACAUGGCUCAGGCAGCAAGGUCACUGUGGCACCUCGAGUCCCCAGGGUGGGGACUGGUCCUGAGGAGUGCCAAGGGGGUGCAGGGGCCAGCGGGGCCGACAGCAGCACUUACAGUGUAUUUGUGUUCUCUUGUUCAUUUGCACUCCAAGGACGUGGUCCUGAGCCAUGAAAUCGGGGACAGUGUGAUAAAAGGAUGUAUCUCUCUUUCCCAAAGAAAAGCUCUGGGGUAUUUGAACAUGGGUAGGGCUGUCCCAGCAGAGACCCUCAGCUGUGGCCCUGCCUGUGCUCUGCAGUGUGUUCCUGUCUCCCACAGGACUGUGUGAGCUCUGCCUUCCCAGGUGCUGUGUGGGAGCCUUUGCUUCUGGCACCCUCAUUCCAUAGGGAAUGUGUCCCUUGGCACCUCAGUAUGAGAGGCUGGGAUGGGGAAUUAGGAGGAUUUGAUUUGAUUCCUUAAAACUCACCUUCAGAGGAGAGGCACAGAAUCCAUGGCUUCCACAGGCUGUUCUGCACAGAUGUGAGUUAGAAAAAAAGGUGUGUGGAGGGUCAGGGGCCUUGAGCUGGUCAGGGUUUGGUGUCCUGCCUCAGUUUCCCCUCUGUGAAAGGUGCCUGGAUUGUCACAUGCUGUCUGCUCGGAGCAGGAGCACGAGGAUCUGUUAGUGCAUUGGUUGCAGAAAGCUUUGCAGCUGUAAAUGCCAAGGGUUCAUAAGCAGGGAAGGAGGAUGCUCCCAAUGGGCAGGAGCUUCCCAGUGAGCAUGGCUGUGUCAGGGAAGCUGCUAGUCCUCCUCUGCCACGGUUCCCAAGAGUGUGAACAGCUCCAGGCUUAGGGGUCUGCCUGAACCCAGCAGCAUUCUGGGACUUUACCUCACAACUUCUCACAGCUGUAGUGAAACACCUUGGUGCUGCCUGGGCCAGGCCAGGCCCUUGGUGUGGGGGCUGUGUCACUUGGACUUUGGGUGGACCUGGGAAGGGCUCGGUUUCCCUUUCAGGGUAAUGGUGUCUCAUCUAAGAAGCAACACUUCCUCAUCUGCAGCUCGUUGUCCCCUGUGUCCUGAGCAGCCUUAUUAAAAUACUGAUAUUCCCCAGGAGGGGUUGUGGGAGCAAAUUAUUUGGUUUUAUUUUACUUUCCUCCUCUUCAGGGUAGCAGAUUUCCUUGGUGCAAUAAUUCCUUUAAAACCCAAAGGGGAAGAGCACUGGACUUUCCCUCCCCAUCACAGGGCUGGCCAGUCCCAAACCUCCCCAUGCUGCCACACUCCACUCCUUUUGCCGUGCCUCAGUUUCCCUGCCCAGCCCUCCCCUCCCUACCUCGCAGGGGUGUUGGGAAUUACCGUUUCUGAAGCACUUUGAAGCCCUCUGGGGGAAGGCAUUGGAGACAUGCGUGUGCUGGUCGGAGCCCGGGGGAUUUGUCUUUCCCAAAACCCCGGUGGUGUCCCCGCUGUGGCCACAAAGCAGGACUCAUGCCCAUCACCUGGGAAACUUUUUGCUCUUCCUUCCUCGACAGUAUAACAACCCUCAAACUGAAAUGUAUAUUUUUGCUAGAAGUACAAACCUCCAAGUGUUUUUAAUAAUAUAGUGUCUACAAACUGACUUGACUUUAAAUAAAUCAGAACUAAAUAUUUAAGAA